GUUGUUUGCCUGACGUGCCAAAGCCACCACAAGCCAGCCGUUCCCCACCCAAAAGCCCCAAUGCCCUACCUCCCCCCUCAGCCGCCCUGAGGGUGUUCGACGAAAUGUGCCGCCCCAACACCGUUUCUUGGACCACGCUCAUCACCGCAUCCAUGGAGCGCAGCGCAGCAGGGAAGCCGGCUCUCCAAUUUGGCUACUGUAGUGGAGGACGCAGUGUGGAAAACGGCAGACCAGGAGGGGGAUUUCCAGGGUUUGUGGCUACUGCGGAAUGUCAAAUGUGUGGAGAGAUUGCAGAGGCGGGAAGUUAUUCCACGUGGUGCUGGUGAAUCUGAUGCGGUUGAAGAGAGAAGAGAUGCAGUUCGACCGUUGGAGGAUACGCUUCUUUGCAAUGCAGUCUCAGCCAGGGUGCACAGAUGUGCGUCGAUCCAUAUGUGUGCCCUGUGAGGGAGCAGAUCUGGAAGAGGGACACAAUUUGUUUUGAUUGCAAUGAUCUUGAGGCUCCUCAGUCGUCAUGACUGUCCAUGUGAAGAUCGUGUUGUACUUAUCGGCCAAAUGGAGCUCUGGUCGCACUAAGCAACAAUGGCACUAAGUCCAUGAGAGGUAACUAAAGGAUGGGAGGACGCCUCUUGGCCAUGUCAGACAGAGCUAAAGACAUAGCUUGAUGGCUCGAUAGCUCAAUUUAGAGUUGCAGAUUUCAGACAUGAAGACAAUGCCUAUUGUCAAUGUGGUUACUUUGCUGCUCCUGUCGGCCACAGUUGCAGAAUCCUCAGGCACAGUUGCAGGAACCUUGGGCACGAGCCUUUGGUAUUCUUAUUGCUCUCCUGGUAACUACACGGCAAACAGCAGCUAUGAGCAAAGUUUGAAGUAUCUGUUUUCUGGUCUGCCUCAGAAGGUUUCCAGUUCAUCGACGCUGUUUGCCAGGGAUACGGUCAACUCUGAUACAGAGGUGAUCUAUGCGGUGGCACAUUGCCGAGGUGAUGCGAACGCUUCUGCUUGCAAUAGAUGUGUCACUGAGGCAUUACAUGAAGCAGACGUUUUUUGCGCUUUCAAGAAAGCUGCAGCAUUAUAUGCUGACCUGUGCACUGUUCGGUUCUCCAACGAGACGCUCAGUUGGAGAUCAGAUGUGGAGAACUUCAGGGACAGAAUGGCAAUUAAGGUUGACAGUUCUGACAUCACAGACUUGGAGAUGGGUGUGAAUGCACUAUACACAGCUGUGACUAGAAUGGCAAACUCCUCACACAGCUUUGUUAGCGCAUCGGAAAAGAUAUACGCUUAUGGCACCAGCUACGAGGCUUACGCCCUAGUGCAGUGUGUAGGAGAGAUGACACAUGCCGAAUGUGGUAGAUGUCUUGAUCACUUGAGGGUUAGCUGCAGUCUAGCUGGACAAAUGGUUCAUAGGAAAGCUACGACCUGGUGUAGCUACAGAUUUGAGCUUUACAACUUCUUCACUGGGAGUCCUAUGGUGAGACUUCCCCCAUUCACCUACAGAGCACACACAGGGCACAGGAUGAAAAAGAAGAAACUUUUGAUUCUAGUCGCUAUAGGGGUUGGUGUGCUAAUUCUCAUCCUAGCCCUCAUCACCUUUUUCUUUUUCUGGAGGAAGCAGCAGAAGAGAAAUGGUCGAGCUAAGCAGGACAGAGCAUCUGAGGAGGACCUUCUUUCAGCCGGGGAUACACAGGACGGAGCACCCGGAGCACCUGAGGAGAACAUUCUUUCUGCCAAGGAUAUAGUUAAAUGCCCUUCAGCAAUUGUGUGUUUCAGUGAAAUCACAAAAAUUGCACGGGGAAAGAAGAUUUUAAUCUUUCUGGAUUACGAUGGCACUAUUUCACCUAUAAAUGAUAUUCCUGCCGAAGCAACCAUUCCCUCUGACAUACGAGAAGCCGUUCAAAAGGCCGCAGAGCUCUUCCCGACUUCCAUCGUCAGCGGAAGGCGCAUUGAGAAGCUAAAGAAUUUUGUAAAGCUCGACAAUGUGCACUAUGCAGGGAGUCACGGGCAGGAAAUCGUGAUGAGCGGUGAACCUGUACCGUCCUACGCGCCUGUAGGGAUCCAUGAACAGAGGGUAACUGCGGCAACUCACUAUCUAGAAGAUGGCAGCAGCAAAAUUGAGGGCGCGAUAGUGGAGAACAACAAGUACGCUGUUUCGCUGCAUUUCCGAAAUGUUGACCAAAAGGACUGGACAUUGGUCGAGAAACUUGUUGAAGAUGCAAAGGCUGCUUUCGAGGGGCUCGAAAUGACCCGCGGUCAUAUGGUCUUAGAGCUCCGUGCACAGACCGGAUUGAACAAGGGAACUGCAGUUAAGUAUUUAAUCAACCACAUACUCGGCAAACUUGGUCUUGAUAGGUCAGAAGUCCUACCCAUGUAUUUUGGAGAUGAUGUCACAGAUGAAGAUGCUUUUGAGGUCCUCCGUGAGAAAAAACUUGGGUUCGGAGUUCUCAUCUCAGAAGAACCAAGGGAAAGUAAAGCACUAUACUCACUGAAGAACCCGUUAGAGGUGAAGCGGUUUUUGAAUGAGUUGGUGGAAUGGAGGAUGAGUCUUGAAGAUUUGAGUUCCACUGCUGAGAACGACGACGAGAUUGUUGAAACCAGCAGCAGAUCCUCCAGGUUGCCAAGAUGAUGAUGCCGGUGCUGUAGGUGGUGCUCAAUUGAGGAGCAGCAGCGUUGAUGGAUUGAUGCUUGAUUAAUUCAGGUCCAGUGAACUUUAGGACAAGAACAACUAAUAAGAAGAGUGCCUGGCAAAUCUGCCACAUGACACGUAAUAAGAGCCAGAAGAAGACUGUGUUUGUAAUCAGGAAGAAAAAAGGCUUUCCUGUGUAGCACGUCUCUUGUGUUUACUCUGUCAUGUAAUAAGAGCCAGAAGAAGACUGUUUCUUUUGGCAGUUGCUUAUCCAGAUCCAUCCGGAGUAUCUUCAUGUCCCCGUGGAACUUUUGUAUGCAUUGGUUUGAAUGGUCCAUGACUUGAUUCCAAACAUAAGCACAAAGAUAGGAUCUAGGAUGUCCGAAGGCCUCCCUACAUUUUAUAUCGGUUUGGUUUAGACAACCUACCAAGCUCUGUUGAUUCAACAUAAUGCUUACAGGGAUAUAGAUAGAAUUAGGAAGACCAAAAAUUCA